AGAAUUUCAAAUGCCGGCAAUGGGGUGGGCGCAGCUUCCAUGUGUCACAUCCAGCCCAUGGGCCAGCAGUUUGACACCCCUGAUUUAGAUCAUAAUGCAGGUCACUUAAUACAAGGAUAUCUGGGAAUGUAUCCGUCUCAUGCCCAGGUCUGAAAAUCCAUAAAAUCCAUUUCCUCUGGAACCCUUUAUAGUUGACACUGAAGCAUCUUCUCCUCCAAAAAUAAAUUGGCUAUUGGCUGAUAGUUGUCAGAAAUAGGUGGACUGAGAGGUGAACUCUUUAGAAGAGACAUACUAUACCAUCUCCUCUUUAAAGGGCAGCCUGCACUAACCCCUCCCUUAAAGAAGAUUGAUCCACUCCUAAAUCCAGUCAAUUAUGACUGCCCAGACAUACAAACAAGCCACAUAGACCAUGUAUCAAGUCUAUCAAUAAUACAGUUCAUGCCCCAGAGGGUUCUUCUGCUUCUUCAAUUUCCACAAGGUCCCAGGUGAUCUUAAAGGACUUGGCUGAAGUUAUCUGGCCAAAUAGGUACAUUUCACAUUCACUCAGGUGUUGAUAACAAGCUCCUGAAAGCAUUCGCAAACUUCAGAUAGUGAGGAUAAGGCAAAAGCAAGCUAUGUUGAAUUUCAGGCAAUUGGAAAUGUAUUGAAAUUAUAUAGAUCACGGUGUGAUAAGACUCAAUAUGAAUGGUGCCUCAAAACCACCAUUGUUGUUAAGCUGGUUGCUUUGCCAGCAAAGUCCACAAAUUUCUGGUUCUGUUUUUAACUGUCCAGCAAUGCAGUACAAUUUAUGUCUGUCUCUGUCCUUAAGAACACAUCUUUGAUAAAUCAGGGACUUGCUGAAUAAAGGAUUGUUCUUUCAUUGGUUGAGUUUUUCAGAAAUAACUAGGGACAACCUAUUUCUGCCCCACCCAUUAACAUCAACUAUUCCUUUUCUUUAUGAGUGGUGAAAACUUUUUCAUAGAGCUGCAACUGCAAAAGGAUUCACACUGUUCCUCAGUUUCAAAGAACACUUGACUAGCAGUACUUGCUCUCCUGACCACCAAAAGCAGCUCAACUGAAAAUCUGCAAUACAGCAAUAUUUAUGUAGAAACAACUGCAAAUGUAGACCAUGGAGGAAGAAAGAAACCUAUAAAAUUACUAAUUUUGCCCAAAACGUGUCUAGGAAAGGGGUGAGCAAAACACAUGAUGGAGAAGUAAGUAACAUAUAAAGACAGAAGACAGUAAGUAUCUGGUAAGCUGCAGAUGGAGAGAAAAAAAUGAAUAAAUGUAGAAAUAUUGAACACAAACACCUAAGGCUCUAUACCGGAUAAAAAGAACAGCUAAUUUCAAGAAAAAAGAAGUUAGAGGUAAUGACGGCAGAAGCAAUGGAAAAGGGAUGCAGGACGCCAGUCUCCCAAUUGAAUAAACAUGGGUGACUGGAGCUUCCUAGGAGAAUUCCUUGAAGAAGUCCAUAAACAUUCAACAGUAGUGGGAAAAGUCUGGUUGACUGUCCUUUUUAUCUUCCGGAUGCUUGUCCUGGGCACAGCUGCAGAAUCUUCCUGGGGAGAUGAACAGUCUGAUUUCAAAUGCGACACCCAACAACCCGGUUGCGAGAAUGUUUGCUAUGACAAAGCUUUUCCAAUCUCCCACAUCAGGUAUUGGGUCCUUCAGAUUAUCUUUGUCUCCACACCAUCCCUGUUAUACAUGGGUCAUGCAAUGCAUACAGUGCGUAUGCAGGAGAAGAGAAAACUUAAGGAGGCCAAGGAAGGAGCAAGGACAAUCCAGAACAACUGUGACUCUUUUUCCCAGCAGGAUUACCCAGCACCCGAGAAGACAGAGCUGUCCUGCUGGGAUGAACCCAGUGGGAGAAUAAUUCUUCAGGGCACUUUGCUGAACACUUAUGUCUGCAGUAUUUUAAUCCGUACCACUAUGGAGAUUGCUUUCAUCGUUGGGCAAUAUAUGCUCUAUGGAAUCUUUCUGGAGACCCUCUAUGUCUGCAGCCGGCAGCCUUGUCCUAAUCCAGUCAACUGUUAUAUCUCUCGGCCAACGGAAAAGAACAUCUUUAUCGUUUUCAUGCUUGUGGUAGCAGCCUUCUCUCUCUUCCUAAGCCUGGCUGAACUGUAUCACCUAGGAUGGAAGAAAGCUAAGCACACCUUGUCUCAAAAAAUCAAUCCUACACCAGCAAUUGGCAAACUGGAGGAAGACUGUCAAGUGAAGAUAGAUGAAAGCUGCACCCCUCCUCCAGAUUUUAAUCAGUGUUUAGCCAAUCCUACUGGGAAAUAUAUCAGCCCCUUCAGUAACAAAAUGGCCUCUCAGCAAAAUACAGUGAACUUUGCAACAGAGAGGGUUCACAAUCCAGAUGAUUCAGGUGGAGAAGUCCCUUUUAUCCAAGUAAACUAUAUGCAAAAUUCAGAAGCCAAUGUAAAUUCUGCAUCAAAUCUGACACCAAAUGGAUACUUUCAGAACAAACGCAGACUUAGCAAAACUAGCCACACAAGCAGUAAGGCAAGGUCUGAUGACUUGUCAGUGUGAAGUGCUUCUCCUGGAGCUAGAAGAACGGAAGAAGCUGUUAUAGCAAAUGCCUGCAGUUAAGUUUUUGAAAUCCUGUCAGUCUAAACUCUGGAUUAAUUAGCCUAUUAAUUCACGUUUAGCUGACAUUUUCCAAAAGGAUGCUCUGAAUCCAUUGCUGUUCCAAAAUAAGAACUGUUGCAUUUCAAAACAGCAAAGUUACUUUAGGUGUUACAUGGUGUUCUUAUACUUCAAGUAAUUGUCUCAUAAUCCUGCACUGUUAAAACAGUAUAAUCAUUGCAACUUUCCUCAAGAACCUUGGAAAUUAUAGUUUGGGAACAAUGCUGAGGAGUCUCUGUUCCAAGCCCUUGCACAGAAUUACAAUUCUUAAGAAUCCUUGAUUGGACAAAGGAAAGGAGUAAAUUAUAAUUCUGGAGAAAAACUCAGGGCAUUUCCACAAUCCUUUGUGGGAUUGGCUCCAGGUGAAAUGGAUUCAUGCUGUAAUCUCUUUUUGUGAACUGAGUCAGAUUAUUUCUGACACUUCUCAGGUUAAUUUAAAACUUUUGUUGUUGUUUUUUCCUUUUAGAUCACAGAGGUCUGUUUUCUCACUUGUGGUAACUAUUGUCUUAACUUUCCUCUCAGUUCAGUAAUAGCUCAGGUUAGCUAUUAUUACCAAACUUCAUAGAAGUUCAACCUUCAUGGACCUUGACUUUUCUCUAUGUGUUAUUUACAAUAUGCCUUUUCCUCAUCAAAUCCAGCCACGAUGGUCCUGUUGCAAGCAUGGAUAGUUAUUGGAAAAAGUCAGAACAGACUUUACAAGUGAUGGGGGCAUUAAAAUACAAAAAUGGAACAGUGGCAGAAUAGAUAAGAAGUCUUUGAGAUUUGCUUACUUUCUUUUCUUUUAAUUGAACUUUCCUGCUUCAGCUUCCACCAUUGCUGUUUUCAGAUUGUUUUGCCAGCCAUCAAAUGCACAUAAACCCCUAUACUAAAAACACAGGGAUAAAAAGAUUUCUGAGAUUUUAUCUUUGUGUGGAGUGAGGUGAGGGGAUUCCGUUAGUCUAUAACUGACAAUAAUUCAGGUAAUGGAGCACUUGAAUUACAUUUGAUAUUCUCUUUUUUGAUAAACUAAAGGAUGAGCAUUGACUGACUCAUGGGGGUUCCUCCAUUUUCCAAGUUUCAAAGACAACCAAUGUGAAGACAAAGAUUGAAAAGGCUUUGUGGGGGAUUUGGGGGAGGACUAUGUGGGAAUGUUACUGACGUGGAAUUUGCAAACUAAAUUUGCAGCCAGUAUCAUGUUGUGAGAUGUGUACAAAGGAAUUGGGAUAUAUAGCACUAUUUUUUCUCUCCUCCAAGAUGAAGCUUAAGCACUGGCUUGCUGAAUCUCAGUGUAAUUUCAAAUUCUCAUUUACAGUGCAAACAUAGGGCCAAGAUUUAUCCACCUCUCUUACAAUCAUUGGACCAUUUGGGAACAUAGCAUACCAACAAGCUAAUUCUCUUCUCCUGGAAAAGUAAAAUUUUGCUUUUUCUUCUCUUCUCAAAACUAUAUAGAAAACCAUGCUAAUACCAAUUAAAAUGCAAUGAAUUCUACUUGAAUUUUUGAUGUGUUUGUCUAUAAUAAACCUUGAAUUCUGUUUGGUCUCAUAGUAUUAAAUGUGCACCAUCUCAGGAGGAUAGCAAUGGAAAAUACUUUUUUGAGUUAUUUCAACAAAAAUAUUGAGAUAAAAAGUUUCCCAUUGAAAUUAAUACUCCCAUAUGAAACAAAGUAAUACUCUGCAGAACACUAAUAAAUUGUGGCUUUUUAAAUAUGUUAUUCUCUAUUCGUUUUAAAGUUACUGCUGCUGGAACAUGAUUACUAGGCCAAAAUACAUUGAGGAACAAAAAAAAACCCCCCAACAACCAAAAACCAAAAUCUCAGAGGCAGACAAUCUUACCACAUCCAAACAAAAUGUUUCUUGUUAGUAGUUUUUUUUCAUAAAGGGAAAGGGAAUCAUAGGAAGACAGCUGUUGAUAAUGUUAUAACAUCCACUGGAAAAAUGGGGUUAAAUUUCAUGAAGCUUUAAAGAAUUAUCUUUAUGGUUUCAGGUGUGGACCAUUUUCUCCCAACCGAAGUCCGCUAUGCCUAUUCUGAAGACUUCACUGCAGUGUUUUAGCUAAUAGCUAUAGAUAUGUCUAUUAAUUUUCAGCAGUUAAUGAUGGAAUUUUAUGAGCAUGAUCCUGCUAAGGUCAGAGAAUGCCUAAAAAGUUGGCUGGAUCUCUUUAAGAAGUUAACAGUAUCAAAGUCAGUUCUGAUUGUUGCUGAAUAAUUGCUGUGGUUAAUAGGAGACACUGGUAGGCAUGAGAAUUGGGGUAGAGCAGGAGGCAUUAUCAGGCAAUUAAAGAAGUAAAGAUAAUACUUAAGCAACCAAAUCAGAAGAUCCAUCUUCAGGAAUUGGGAGGUGGCUGAAAGAUAAGCAAUUUUAUAGCACAAUCUAAAUUCAUACAAAAUUUAUAGGAAAUACAGUUCCCAUAUAAUAGUAGUAUUUCUGCAUCUUUGGGAAGUAGAAACAUAUUUUCCUGACCUUAAAUAUUUAACUUCAAGCUGAAGAGGGGCUAGAAAUAUUUGAAUUUAUUUACAGGAAGCCAAAGGCUCUGAUCCUUCUUCUAAGAUUUUAAUAUUGGAGUCACAUUUACUCAUUAAGCAACUCACACAUGACUGUUUUGACUGGGAUUGUUUUUUACUAUGGGAUAUUACAUCGUAUGGUUGUUACAUUUAACAAGCCUGUGAACCCUAUAAUUUAGAGUAGAUGUUCUAUCCAAUAUCACACAAGAAAAGUUUAAUUUGAGCAUUUGAACCAGAAUAGUGUAAGCAUCAAUCUGAUAAACUAAGUUAAGGAAAUUCAUUUCAUUUUCCAAUUGUCACAAUAUGUUCUACUUCAUUUCCUAAAAUAUUUGUUUUACACAGUAUUAUAUAUGGUGCACAAAUGAUUGAAGAGAUUGGAAAUUAAUGCUGUCGCUGUUUUCAAGGCAAAUAAGUAUUUUCUCUUGUUUCUGGGAAGGAAACUAAGGACAUUGGAAGUAUUUGUUUUUGUGCUAAAGUACCUGACAGAAGACUGAAAAAGUUUGUGUCUUUAAGCUUCCUUUCUUUGUGGUUCUAUUUUCCUCUGUAAUGUAAACCCAAGUUGGGAAGAUGCAUGUUAUCUUUGAUCAUGUACUGUGCUUGUUAUGUUUUAAUAAAGUUUGGGUUAAAAUUUGUCUUAU